AUGAUGCUUUUGGCACAAAGGGCGGAAGCGAAGAAUGGCCAGACAACGUGGAAGGAUCUUCUGAGAAUCGACAAGAUGGACGACAGAUGGGUGCACGACAAACCCAACGCCACCUACAUUUCGCGACGGAACCUUCUCUCCACUGAUGACGAGUGUCCCGUCAUUCAUCUGUCGUACGUCGCUCCUUCUGCACUUGGUCUCGUGUAG